UUGAUUUUCAUUGUAAUUUUUAGAGCGAAUGCGUUUUCUGAAAAUUAAACAAUUAAUUAUGGCCAGCAAAACCGACGGGAACACAAAAGUUGAUCCUAUCAAAGUUCCUCUUGAAACAGAUCAAGGAAUUCUCGAGAGCGAAGAACGAAAAUGGCGUUUACCUCUGAAAGAAGUAUACAAACACGGAUUAUCGUUUUACAAAGACAAAGAAGGAAAAGCAAUGCACCUAAGCUAUGAAGAUAGAUUAAAGUUAGUAGCAUACACCCAGCAAACAUCCCAUGGGCCUUUUGUCCCAACUUCAGUGCCAACAUUGGGUGUUUUGGAUGUAAUAGGAAGAGACAGACGGGCGGCUUGGCAAGCUCUAGGUCAAAUAUCGCAAGUACAAGCCAUGGCAGGAUUUGUACAUACCCUUGACAGAUUAUGCCCCUUAUUCAAGCCAUAUUUAGAGGCAAUUCAAAAAGAUUUAGAAAAUAAAAAGCUUAUACAAACUAGAAAAGAGGAAGAACAAAAGGCUAAUAUUGAACUAGAGAAAAGAAUAAUGCUUGAAAAACAAAAGCAGCAAAGUAGUAAACUAACAGAUGAGCAGCAAGUGCAGCGGAUAAAAGAUGCUCUUAAUGAGCAAACCUACGAGCAGUUCCUGCAUUACGCACAGCAACAGUUUCCGGGCAACUGCGACCAGCAGGCCAUCCUGAUUAGACAAUUACAAGACCAACACUACGAACAGUAUAUACAGCAACUAGCGGUUGAUCAGAGAUUAGACAAUUCUAACCUUAUUAUCAAAGAUGAUGUUGAUAAUGAAACAGAAAAUGAAAAGAAAGAGACAGUGAAGGACCACAACUUAAAUGACAGUGAAGUUGAGAUUACAGAUACAAAAUCAAUGCAGACACUUGAAAAGUCUGUUUAUGAAGAUUCAAGAGAAGAAGAAGAAUCAGAUGACGGAUUACCGGCGAUAGAGGAGGCGCGGAUGUGGACUCGCGGGGAGGCGGGUGCGGUAGCGAGGUUCAAAGACAGCGCGCGCGCCGGCGGCGGCACACUCACGGUGGGGCAGGGCCAGUGUGUGACGGUCAGGGUGCCCACACACCGCAGCGCGAGGUGUAUAUGCUGGGAGUUCGCUACGGAUAAUUAUGAUAUAGGUUUUGGACUAUUCUUUGAGUGGACCAAAUCAGCGACCUCGGAUGUCACAAUUCAAGUGUCUGACAGUGAUGAUGACGAUUGUGAUGAAGAGUGCACUUAUGAUGAUGAAGGGGUAGCAAUAUCUAAAAAUUCCGAUCCCGAGAUGGGCGGCGAUGAAAUAGUCACAAGCACCUCCAGGCCUCCCGUCAGCAUGGUCGUAGAUAUCUACAGGAGAGACUGCCACACCGAGGUCUAUGCUGGUUCUCACACAUAUCCAGGGGAGGGUGUUUAUUUAUUAAAAUUCGACAACACAUACAGUCUAUGGCGAUCUAAAACAUUGUAUUACAAGGUAUAUUAUACACAGUAGAGUAUAUAUAACGUAAAUACCAUAGGCCCAUUUGCGCCAGUAUUGGUUUGAGAUCGUGCUUUCUCUUUCGUCCUUUACAUGUAUGAAGGAAAAGGCAUCAGGUCUUAACAAACACUAUUAUUUAUUAUUAAGAGUCCGGGUGCCAUCGAAAUUCUC